AUGGUGGGGACUCGUUGCAACCUCCACCGACUGUUUAUAGCGUUGCUCCUGAUCUCAUCGCUGUCCUUGGUAUUCCUGUUCAACCUCUAUGACCUCGUCCUCGAGGUGAGCCAAGGCCCGAACCUCCAACGCAGCAACACGGGAGGUCAAGAUGAUAGCGAGAACGAGGCUGCAAAGGAAUCCCUUUCAGGCGCAGAGGAGGCCCUCAUGGGGGCGUACAGUGGAAAGGACAAUAAGCCUGGACGAACCCAGGGGCAGGGGGAGGUAAAAGCACAGGUCCUGCAGCCUCCGAAACCACAGGCGAAAGUCUUAGAACCACUGCAGUCACAAGCACAAGUUCCCUCGCCUCCAGAUCCUCCUCCUCCGAUGCCAAUGAACGCUCCGGAGCCUCCAAAAGGCAAACCAGAACCCCCAAUGACGUCAGAGAAAACCCUCGAGCCUCCAGGUCCGACAGAGAAAAGUUCCGAAAGGCCAUCGAAGCCCACAGCACUCGGAGCCCGGCAGACGAGCGCCCCCGAGCCAGUCACGUCGGAGCCGAAAGCCGUACCGGAGUGGGUUAAUAAGUCUGCCAACUGUCUUCCUCUGCCUGGGAAGUUCCACGUGGAUCCGAUCCCUCAGGAAGUUAUAUGA